UUAGUUAUUUAAUUUUAAUUUCUCCUUAAUGGAUCCUCAUCAGCAAUGCAAAUACAUCUAGGAAAUCUCUUUCUAAGAGAACGAUUAGGUAUUAUGAAUCGAUAUUUUAGUUAAGAGAACGAGUAUCCGAUCUGGAAGCAAAAAAUGCUGAAUUGCAAGAUGAAGUUGAAACAAUAAACGAUCUACUAGAGUAAGAGAAAGCUGUAUGUUAAUCAAAGGAAAAAGCUCUACAAGCCUUGCAGGUAAAAAAUUAGGAGCUAAAUUGCAGAAUUGGCGAAUUGUAGAAUAAGAUUGUUGAAAAAGACACUAAAAUUUAGGAACUUCAAAAUGUGUUAAAAUAAAGCGAUGAUCAAAUUAGUAAGGUUAAUGUGGAAUAAAGAAAAAAUGGAAAUAAAUCUAAAACAUAAAGAAGAUAAAGCAAUCCAAAAAAAUAAUGA